AUGUCUCCGACCUCGUCGCAGUCCUCUUCCUCCUUCUCUUCCCCCACAAGCCUCACUUCAGCAUUACUAAAGGACCGCUCGAUCUCGAUCUCCUCGUCAGCAGACAAGCCCCACAAGUGCGAGAAAUGCCCCAAGCGCUUCAAGCGCCUCGAGCAUCUUCGUCGCCACUGCCGCACCCACACUGACGAGCGCCCGUUCAUCUGCGACGUCGACUCAUGCCGACGGAAGUUCUCGCGAAGCGAUAACCUCCGCGCUCACCGACGCACGCACAUGAAGCGCGGCGGCCGCAACGAUUACAUCGAGGGCCUUGGUGAUCUCGGCAACUGA